AAAUAAAACCAAAACAAAUUAGUCUAUGUACUAAAAGUGCAAAUAUUUCAAAAUAUGUUGCAAUAUUUGCAGUCACACUACCCAUAGUUUACUACUCGAUAAACGUUAUCCUGAAAAGAAAAGAUAAAUUAGGAACAUGCCAAUCGAUAAGAGGUAAAAUAAUUCCACGGAAGCGAAUUACUCCAGAUUAGUAUAAAAUACUAAAUCCAGUAUGAUUUUAUGAAUAGUUGAAUUCGGUAGUGUUUUCUUCAUAUUGAAAAUUGUUUUCUUUCUUCAAGAAAUUUUCGAGGUAUAUUCUAUUGAGUUUUAAACAAGUUUCACUGGAGAGAGUGGAACAAACGAAUCCAUGGAACAAGGACGGUAAUUAUAAUCUCAUUGAUGCAAGUUCUAUUCUAGCCCGCGACAUAGCCGCCAUAACAGUUCUAUAUCGAGCCAAUUGUGAGGCUUGUCGCAUUCUGAAAGAAAUCUAAGCGGAUGUAGAUUUAUCGGUACGAGCCUCGGCGAGUUGGCCAGGAAGAUCGCAAUCAGAUUGCUUAUCAGAUUGGCAUUCAAAAAAUUAGCUUGCGAUACGUUGGGCUUCAGUUUAAUUAUAAAAUACAUACUGGAGGAUGAAUCUGCAUUGGAGAGAUUCACAGCGACUGGCUAUGCUUUAAACAGCUUUGAAGAUAAAGGCGUUGUCUUGUGAAGUAUAUAUGAAAGAAACACUUAAUUUGACAAAAGAAGUACAAAGGAUUAUUGGAGCUGCAUAUAGCUUUUGUCAAAAUGGUACUGUUUAAAUGCAUGAGAACCCUUAGUCCCGAGGAAAAGCUCAGUAAAGAAUUGGAUCAGGACAUCAAGCAGUGGCAACGUAAUUAUGAUAAUUCUAUCAAGCUUUUAUUACUGGUUGAUAUUAUAUCAGGAACUGGAGAUGCUGGAAAAACUACGAUCAUAAAGCAGAUGAGAAUUCUACAUGUUCAAGGAUAUUCGGAUAAGGAACGGCAGGAUUAUAUAGAUAUUGUACGAGGAAAUUUACACGAUGCUAUAUACAGUUUGGUUUCUCAUUUAACAUUAAUGGAACCAUCCUUGGACUUUCAAGAUGAUGAUAGUGAAAUUUCUGGGAAUUAUAUUCUUGCCAUGGGUCCACAUGCUACAAUUUUUUCUGAAGAGUACUAUGAUCAUGUUCAGAGACUUUGGGAGGAUCUUGGAAUAAGAGAAUGCUACCGUAGGUCCAAUGAAUUUCAAUUAAUCGAUAGUGCAAAAUACUUUCUAGACAGGAUAUAUGAAAUCAGAAAAGAGAACUAUGUGCCUAUAGAUCAAGACAUCUUGCACAGUAAACAGACAACGAUAGAAAUACAGAAGGUUGAAUUUUCAGUAAAUGUAUCAAAAAAUUUUUACAAUGGUACUCAGGAAUUUUGGAUGUUUGAUGUUGGUGGACAACGAGGUGAAAGAAAAAAGUGGAUUCAGGUCUUCGAAGGUAUCCAUGCGGUCCUCUUUGUGGUGGCAUGCAGUGACUUUGAUCAGAAUCUUUGUGAAGACAACAAGCAAAACAGACUAAAAGAAUCCAUUACGCUCUUCACAGAUGUUUGGAAUAGUAGAUUUCUCGUGGAUGCUGGCUUCAUAGUUUUUCUGAAUAAGCAGGACAUCCUUAAGGAUAAGAUAGAGAGUGGAAAGGAUAUAGGAAUUCAAUUUCCAGAGUAUGAUGAUUACAAAUUAUCAUCCAAGGAUGGAAAUUCUUUUGAUCAUUAUUACAGAACGCGGUGCUUCAUUCGCGAUACGUUCGUGAAAAUUACUCAACAAAAACGUGACAAUGUUACCAAACACAUAGCACCUGGUAUUACGUUGAAUUAUGAGGAAACAAAAUUGCGAGAUUGUUAUUAUCAUUUUACAACAGCUACAGAUACAGAUAACAUAAAGACCGUUUUCGAUGACGUUCACUCGAUGAUCAUUGAAACGAAUCUGAGAAACAGUGGUGUGAGUGGAGUCGAAUGACACUUAAAGAAGAUAAUAGAUAAAUGAUACCGUUUUUCGAUGAGAUACCAAAAAAUGCUUGUAUGAAUUAAUGCAGAAAAUUAUUAAGCGUGUUCGAUCGCCUGUUUGUUACGACUGACAGAUCGUGCUUUAAGAAAAUGAAUUUCAAAACUUAAUCAUUUACUACUAGAUAUUCUUGAGUUAGUGCAAAUCUAAUCAAAGUGAUUCUAUUCAUAUUCUUUUAUCAUGGUGCUUAAAUCAAUGACUAGAAUACAUACUGCGAAGAGAUAUUAAAAAUCGAUAAAUUUUUUGUUGUCUUGAGUUAACAGGGAUGGUUACUCGAGAUUCUGUAAAUAUUAUAAUUAUUUAUUAAUCCCAGUGUGCAGCCGGAGCCAAAGAGUAUGCAAGAAUGUGUGAUGUAAUUGCGCAGUACGCUUUCCUUGUUUACAUGCUGAAUCAGUUUUAUUUAUUUCAUAAAUUCAUAGACUUAAAUUUGUGCCGUGUAAAAACCCAUUGUGUUGAAUGUCUAAAUGAAUGAAUAGUAAUGAAAGAGAUUACACAAAAACAUGAAAGCGAGACAUAAGUAAAUAUUUGUAGUAAAUUGCCUUUUUCUAUCCUGUUUUCUUGGAAAAAUACAAAGAUUCUUCCAGUCA